UACUCAAAUAAUAAACAUUAGAUUUGAAUGGUCCUGUUUUACUUGUUUUGGAUCAAUGUUCAUAGACCUUUACGUUUAAAUUUAAAUAAGAUCUAAUCUAGACAUGAUUUACGUUUAAAUUUAAAUAAGAUCUAAUCUAGAUAUAGAUCUAAAUGUUAUAUAAUAUUAUAUAAGCUUAACCAAAACAUCUCAAGUACUCGAUUUAUUCAGUUCAGUCAGUGACUCAGUGUUUCACUCAAAAUCACUGUUUCUGUAGUAAUUUUAAAUUUAACUAGUCUAGUCAAGUCUAGUGUAAUCUCAGAGUAAUCUGUGGUGACAAUUCAAAAUUAUUAUUUGAUUAUUUGGCUUGGGCCUAGAUCUAGACUCUAGCAUCCUAGAUCAGACUACUUAAGAGACAGAAGAAUUCUAGAUAUUCUCUUUAAAAAGGUGCCCUUUCGUGUCUUAUGGAACCAGCUUUUUUAAAGGCAGAUGAGAGAAAGCGCUAUGUAGCCAUCAGCUGUGGAAGCUCCGCCUGUCCCAAGCAGCUGCCCCGCCCCCAGGCUGACCAUGCGAUGGAGGAGAGCCUCUUGACCAGCACAGAUUUGUCCACACGGUACAUGGACUAUCCACCCACCAAGCCUUUCAUCAACACAGAUUUGACAAGAAUGGACAGACCAGUAGACUCGUUCCCCACGUGUGGGAGAGAUGAUGUCAUCUCAGCUCUCCACAAAAUUCGUGACAAGAUGAGAAAGUUGGAGCUGGAGAGGACAGCGUCUGAACAAAGGUUGGCGUCUGAUCAGAUGCACGGCUACACCAGUGACUUAGUGUCUGAUAGAAGGCUGGCUGCACAAGAGCACAACGGCUACCCCAGUGAUUUCCACAAGUACCCAGUUGUUACCUCAGACAGAGAAGCACCAACUGACAGCCAACCCACUGCAGACAAGACUGGCCAGCUGUUUUCUGCUGAAAGACGCAUGCGAGUUCUGGGACAGCAGCUGGAAGACUUGCAGCAUUUAAUCAGGAACUCUGAGCAGAAGCGCAAGGAUCUGGAUGAGAAGGCAUUGAGAAGUCACCAAGAGCGAGAGUUGGGUGACAUAGAUGUCAACAUACACAUGGAGCGCUUGAGUGAACUAGAACGGGAUCAGGCAAGGCUUACGGCCACACAGUCUUUAGCAGAGAGGCAAAUUUUUGACGAGGCACUUCCUGAGUCUAAAAUCAAAGAGUUAGAAGAGAGGAUGAGAGAAGAGAAAAAACACAGAAAAAUUUUAGAAGAAAAAACAGCGCAGCUUGAGUCAGUGGCCGCCAAAAGUCACAUGACAAGUUCUGGUUUCCAAGUGCCUCCCCACUAUUCCAGUGUCUCACAGCGGCUUGCUGGUGUGGUGCCGUCCGCACACCCUCACACUGCCAAACAGCCAUCCACCACACACCCUCACACUGACAAACAGCCACCUGCCACCCACUUUCAUCGGCCUAAGAAGUCCCCAAAGAAAAAGAAGAAAAAAGUGAACCAACAUCCGAGCUUAAAAGUUGGCCACGAGCAUCGGUCAACAACAUCGCAGCCCAUGAGGCACUACAGGCUAAACUUGGCAGAGAUUCCAUUUGUGGCAGGAAAGUCAACUGGUCCCAGCCACUCUCUAGGCGCUAACGUCCAGAAAGUUCUCUCCCUCAUGAAGUCCCACAACUCUGCCUUAUGCUCCACACAUGCCAGCGCUGAUGGCCAGGGGUCAGCCAGCACUUCCUCCACGGGGUCAAGUUCACCCAGCUCUGACCAUGACCUCAGUGACCUACUUAUUCAGUUGCAGGAUGAGCUUGGUCUUUUAAACAGUGAGCACCACCAGAUCCUGGACCAGAUGGACUGCGCCAGGAACCUGAAGGUCAAGGAGGAACUGGAGGACCAGCUCGAGGCUCUGGUGGCCAAAAUAGAAGCCAAGAGUCAGCAGAUUCUCAAGGUCAGACAGCACCAAAACAAGUUGGAUGGCAUCAAAGUACCUCGCAUGACAGCACCAACCAAAACUGCUGAGAAAACAAAACGUCCACACUCAGCCAAACCUCGCUCGGCACCCACCAGCCGCCUCCACCACAACAAGGCCACAACGCAACAUCACACCCUCAACAGAAAUGGACUUGUCCGGCCCCACAGCUGUAAUAAGCCUGUGGGUCACGCUGCCCUGGGCAACCCAGCUCUCUACAUGCUGCGCGAUAUGAAGAAGCUGCAGUCAACUCUCAGAAGGGAUGACUUAAGUUGGGACUAAUUUAGUCAGUCAACUCUCAGAAGGGAUGACUUAAGUUGGGACUAAUUUAGUCAGUCAACUCUCAGAAGGGAUGACUUAAGUUGGGACUAAUUUAGUCAGUCAACUCUCAGAAGGGAUGACUUAAGUUGGGACUAAUUUAGUCAGGACUAAUUUAGUCAGUCAACUCUCAGAAAGGAUGACUUAAGUUGGGACUAAUUUAGUCGGGACUAAUUUAGUCAGUCAAUUCUCAGAAGGGAUGACUUAAGUUGGGACUAAUUUAGUCGGGACUAAUUUAGUCAAUUCUCUGAAGGGACGACUUAAGUUGGGACUAAUUUAGUCGGGACAAAUUUAGUCAGUCAAUUCUCAGAAGGGACGACUUAAGUUGGGACUAAUUUAGUCAGUCAAUUCUCAGAUGGGAUGACUUAAGUUAGGACUAAUUUAGUCGGGACUAAUUUAGUCAGUCAAUUCUCUGAAGGGACGACUUAAGUUGGGACUAAUUUAGUCGGGACAAAUUUAGUCAGUCAAUUCUCUGAAGGGAUGACUAUCUUGAUGCUAAAACUGAAUGUUUGACCUGCAUUUGAAGACAAGACACAACAAAAAGGGCUUGACCCAGGUACUUGAUGUUACAGUGAUGUAUCACUGUUGUAUUGUUACGCUUAUGUUAUAUGGAUGUAUUUUGUACUGGAUUAAAUCAUCUAAUACAUUUAAAUUUUCAAAGGAGAAAACAAAAUAUGUAAAAAGUAAUAUGUUUUUAUCUUUUUAUAAUAAAAAUUGCUCUGAAAAAAAUAAUGCCAAAAUAAAUUUUGUGAUAAUGCUGUAAAUACCAUAAUUUAAAUACUGUUUCUCACAGAAUAUCAGCAUAGAAAAUUUAUUUAAAUCCUUUAUAAAAUAGUAAAACAUUUUAAAAUUUUGUAUUGUUCAUAUUUUUACUCCCAAAAAACGUGAUAAACAAGUUGACUUGAUGUGGUUACAAAAUGAUCCCUGGGCCAAAAAAAAUAUCCGUCCCCGAUGAGACAUAAUGAAUUAAGCCACAUAAGUUUUCUAAUUGUUUUUACUUCAAAUUAGGUGUUGUGUUCAGUCUUUUCUACUUCUAGUUGUGCUGCUUGAUUAGAGCAAAAACAUUUGUUGUUGUUGAGCAUCCUGUACCAGCAAAUCUUGUACUUAUACAAUACAAUACCUCAUGUUCUAAUUAAUUAUGCCCCUUAGAUCAAUAAAAUUUUACCCAUUUGUGCGCCUGUGAUCAAACUAAUUUGAAUCAAUCGUGCCCUCUGGAUUAAGUUUCAUGCACUUGUUCCCCUUAGGUCAAUAAACUUUCACUCAAUUGUUAUCCUCAGCUGAGCCCCAGUUUACUUAGUUGUGCCCCGGGACCAAUCACAAUUUAGAACUUUUGAGCCGCUGCUUAUUUUAAACUUUUGAGCCGCUGCUCAUUUUAAACUUGUGACCAAUUAUUUUAAACUUUUUUUUUUAAUGUGUAACCUUUUUCAUUAUAAAAUAUUUAUGGAGUCAGAUGAUGAUAAACUUAUGAUGAGCACAAGGAGCCUUCCAACAUGUGGUAAACAGGCUGCAUGAAUCAUCCAUUAGUUUGUUGUUGACAUGUAUAGGUAAAGUGCCCUUUUGAGUCUGACAGUCUGUGGGGCAAGUGAAGUAGAGUUCACCUGUUACUGUGACCUUGGCAUAUGAAGGGUCAGCACUAAGCCCAGCUGCCUCUACUUUCCCUUAGGUACCUGAACUCAGGAACAUUCCAGAUCAAACUCGAGAUUUUUGGGCUAGUGGUUAUAUACUCUACCAUUUGACUACUCUGUCCCUAUGUUGAAGGGUAGAUGUAAAUAAAAACUUUUUAUUUCAAUAGCAUAAUUGUUUAUUGCCAGUAACCAAAUUUGUAACAUUCCAAACUUGAUGUCCCUUGUCAGCUUCCAACUUUAUUUGGCCAUUGUACUACUUAAACCUUCAGCUUUGGUUCUGCUUUCAAUAAGUUGUCAAUUAUUCAUUGAUAAAAGAAUGAGACAAAUUGUUCAUAUCAAAUUACUUUGAAAAAAGAUUUGACCACUUUAAGUAGUAGAAACUUUAAAAAUGUGUUGAACAAUCAAUGUGUUUGGACAAAAUAAAUAAAAUUAGCCUAUAUUUGGCUAAAAUUUGUUUUUAAUUGAGCUGCAAUAAUGAAUAUAAUUCUAGAAUACAAUCAAUAUUGUCUGCUUGAGAUGUUACAAAGAAGUAAUAUUUCAACUCUUGCUCUGUAAAGACCUAAAACACUUGACUUAUCAAAAUAGCCUAAUCCGUCCAAAUGUAAAGAAUGUUCCGUUCCGUAGGAUGCUAUUUGAACUUCUCAUGCAUUGCAGCAAUAAAAAUCAUCAAUUGUGCGUUUAAUGGUUUUAAAUUUUACAGUUUUAAAGUACCCCCCCCCCCCUUCCAUCAAAUAUAAAAUUACUGACUAUAUUAUACAUUUUAAACCACAGAAAUUUUUCCCCAAUAAAUCUGUCCAUGAGUUGCUGCAUGAGUGAUAGAAAAAUAUUUUCCUGUACUACACAUACUUUUUAUUGUUGUCCACUUGGCUUUGUAUUUUGCAUAAUUUCACUUUGAACCACCUUGUAUAUGGUUUAUCUUAUAAAUAUUAUUUAUAAGCAAUAUCUUUUUAAUCUUACUUUUUAAAAAUGUCUUUAUAACAUGUAUUUUCAUAACUGAACUCAAUUUUACUGUUGAAAUAUACAAUAA